AAGCCCUUUGCUGAGGAACCUAAAAAAUUAAUCCUUUAUUUGCAGAUAUGCUAAAUAUUAGCGUCUUGGAAGCAAUUAAAUAAAAGGUAAAUAAAAAUCAAUUACGUCCGAUGAACAACUCAAAUCAAUAUCAAUAUCAAUAUCAAGAGACGACACUUUCGUUUUUGUCUUUGCUAAAUUGUUCUUUACUCCACCGUCCCGCAUACGCACUCAAAUCGCAAAUUUUCUUCAUCAAUCAUCAUUUACGUAUACUCAAAUUCUAGGGUUUCUAUACAGAACCUAAAUUUCUCCGUUUCUCUAUCCAUAUUCCUGCUCUCAGCUACUUAAAUUCUAGGGUUUCAUAAAUGGCGUCGAAGAAGAAAGAACCAGAAGUUUUCAAUUUGUUGAACUUAUACCAGGAUGACGACGACGAAGACGACGACAUGGAGGAUGUUGAAAAAAACGAAGACGGAGAUAAUGAGAGAGAUUUCGAGCAUCAAGGAAGAGACGAUGAACCACGUGGUACGAAUAACGACGAAGAUUUGAUGUUAGGUGAGGAGCUUGAUGUUUCUACUACUGCUCCUUCUACGCAGAUAAACCCUAAUUCCACUCCGAAGUGGACCAAUUUGCGGCCUCCUACACCCCAACAGGGGCAAAUUUUGGGGCUGGAUUCAGAUGUGUCAAGACCUAGGAGAGAUAAACCUAGUAUUGUUGAUUAUGCGCAUGAUGAUGUUGCUAUGUCUCCUGAGCAUGAGGAGGGAGAAUUUGUGGAGACGAGUGCUGGUCGAGUAAUGUAUGGUGACGAACUUGGGGGUAGUCGUGAUUUUCCACAUAGGACACCUACAACUAAUGUGCAAACCGUUACGCCAAACAAUCAGAUGGACUCUCCACAGAAUAUGCAGAUUUAUGUUCCUGAACAUAAUGCAAUGAAAGAAACAGAAACUGACGGCAUAGAAGGAGUAAAUAGCUCUGGUAAAGAAGAUUUAGAUCUUGACCCAGUACAUAAAUUUCUUCCACCACCACCAGAAGAGAAAUGCUCAGAUGAAUUACAGGAGAAGAUAAACAAGUUUCUUGCAUACAAGAGGCAAGGGAAAAGCUUUAAUGUAGAGGUUCGUAAUAGAAAAGACUACAGAAAUCCUGAUUUCUUGCGCCAUGCUGUGAGAUAUCAAGAUAUUGAUGAGAUAGGCUCGUGCUUCUGCAAAGAUGUAUUUGAUCCACAUGGCUAUGAUGAAAGUGACUUCUUUGAUGCAAUAGAAGCGGAUAUGAAGCGUGAAGUGGAAAGAAAGGAGCAAGAGAGGAAGAAAAAUCAGAAGGUUGAAUAUGUUUCUGGGGGAACACUAAAUGGAGUUGUUCCUACCGUGCAGAAAUCUAAGCUGCCUAGUCCAGGAGUUUCCAAUGUUCCUUCUGCUGGAUUGCAGCCAGGUUCAGCUGACACAUCGAUUCGGGAGGGUCGACAAAAUAAGAAAUCAAAAUGGGACAAGGUGGACGGUGAUAGAAGUCAUGUGUUGGGUAGUGGACAGGAUACUCAAUCUUCUGUUGGAGCCCAUGCGGCACUCCUUUCUGCCGCAAGCGCUGGGGCUGGAUAUGCUGUUUUCGCGCAACAAAAACGACGGGAAGCAGAUGAGAAAAGAUCGAGUGAUAAAAAGGCAGAGAGGAGAUCAUGAUUCAAGAAUCCUUCUUUGUGUGUAUGAGCAUGGAAUUAACCAGACCUCAUCAAGAUUUCUAUGGAUAUGCCAGAUGUAGUGCAACUUAACAUGGUGGAAAUGACACAAGUGUUUGGAAUUGUUGAUUAACAUGGUUAUGAAGAGGUAUGCAAGGAUAUCUUGUUAAGGGUGACCAAGCUGAAACCAAUUGUAAGUUCACUAUCUGUAUCUAAGAUUCACUCGGUGGUUUGUGUGAAUUAGAAUGAACGAAUAUGAAUUUGAUGCUAGAAAAUCUCUAAAUUAUACUGAUAGGGUGGUCUGUGGUACGAUAUUUUACUGGAAAGUGGAAACGAGGUAUACCAUGCAAUUAUGUUUUAUGUCUGCAGUAAGGAAUAGUUUCGGAUGCUGAACUGCUUGCAUGUACAAAUAAUGUAUUUGUUACAGAAAAUUAAUGCUAAGCCUUGAAAUUGCAUCUUUUAUUUGUAA